GUCCUGUCAUUCCACUGUGUUUUCAAUGUUCAUCAAUGUUGUGAUUUGGUUUUCGAUUUGCUAUAAUCGCCAAUAAUUAUGUUUUGAAGCGAAAAUAUUGACUUUUCUAGUCCUUAAUCCGGCAAUAAAUAAACAUGUUUCGAAGAGUUAUCUGUUGUAGUUGGAAACCUUAACGUCGCAUGUGUGUAACUGAGCUCCCAAAGGAAAAAUAAUGAACAAACCACUUGACAACCCUUGAAUUGAUUUGCCAUAAUUUAGGCAAAUAUCCAUGGAAAUGAUGGAGUACGACUACAACUCCUUUAGGAAGGAGUCUGAUUUCCAUAACAAAUGUUGUGGAGGCAUGCUUUGGUGUAUUCGGGACAUUUGUGGUAUAAUAUGUGCAAUAUUGACUUGGCUGCUUAUUUUGUAUGCUGAGUUUGUAGUUAUGUCAGUUAUUCUAUAUCCUAGUUCAAAUACUUUAUAUAGUGUGAUAAAUACCAUUUUGUUCCAAACAUGUGCUUUCCUAGCUUUUGCUUCACAUCUUAAGACUAUGUUUACUGACCCUGGUGCAGUACCUAAGGGGAAUGCAACUAAGGCAAUGAUGAAACAGAUGGGACUGAGAGAAGGUCAGAUAGUUUUUAAAUGUACCAAAUGUUGUAGUAUUAAGCCAGAUAGGGCACAUCAUUGUUCAGUUUGUCAGAGGUGUAUUAGAAAAAUGGAUCAUCACUGUCCGUGGGUUAACAAUUGUGUGGGAGAGAAUAAUCAAAAGUAUUUUGUAUUAUUUACAUUUUAUAUAUGUGUCAUAUCACUUCAUUCUCUAUUCUUAGCCAUUAAUCAGUUUUUGAUGUGUGUCCGCCAUGAGUGGAAAGAAUGUACCAGCCAUUCGCCCCCUGUAACCAUUGUUCUGUUGUUAUUUUUAAUGUUUGAGGCCUUACUGUUUGCAAUAUUUACUGCAGUCAUGCUUGGUACCCAAGUUCAAGCUAUCUGGAAUGAUGAGACAGGAAUUGAGCAGCUAAAAAAAGAAGAGGCAACAUGGGUUAAAAAAUCCCGCUGGAAGAGUAUCCAGGCUGUUUUUGGUCGUUUUUCUAUUUUGUGGUUUUCCCCUUUUGCCAGACCAAGAAAGUAUAAAAGUGAGAUUGAUUUUUAUUCUGUUUAAGGCAUUUUUAUACUUAAAUUUGAUAAAAUGUUGUGUUUAAAUUACUUCAAAUCAAGUGAUUCAAACAAUUUUUUUUCGUAUAUGCUGUGCAACUUUUUCCUUAUUAAUACACUAUUCUUUGAAAAACUUGUGACAUAAAAUUAGCCACAUUAAAAAAAAUAUAUAUUUACAAAAUUA